AUGACCAUCCGAUCGAGGUCGACUUUGCGCGUCGACGAAGACGUCGCUCCUCCGCCAUCGAAGCGCCCUCGUUUGCAUGCGCCCGUGUCUCACCGUCGCAAGAGCUCCCCCGAUCUCCUCGAUACCACCAUCGACGAUUCGCCCUCCAAACCGAUCGUACCCCUGCGACACUCCACGCGCCGACCGGGCCCUCUCUCCUCGCCCUCCUUUCACACCAACGCUCCCUCCUCCUCGUCCCAUCCUCCUCCUGCCACCCCACGCUCCAAAGAUCUGCGAAUCCAUCGUCGCGAAACCCCCUCGACCACCGCGCUCUUCCUGCGUGGAGGUCGCGAAAGCCCCGAUCCUCUCGACACCAUCUCUCCGACCACCGAUCCUGUUCGCUCGCCCGGCCGCCCGUCGUCCGUGCGCCGUCCGGCUCCGACCCCAGAGUCCGCCGGCCGGCGUCGCAUGCAGAAGACCGCUCGUCCCUCCGCCCAGUCCCCCGCCGCUUCCUCGUCGCAUCUGCCUACCCCUGCGCAGACGCAACCGUCUCCCGGCAUCGCUCACGAUGCGCCUCCCCUCGCGUCGGCCGAUCAACCGGAACCGCAGCCGCAACAGCAACAGCAGCAACGGCGGUCCCUCCGCUCGCAUGAUGGGGGUUCCCUCGCGCGCAGUGAAUUGGCGCUGUAUUUCCCGAACUACGAGCAGUUGCUGAGCUUCGAGCCUCCGAAAGCUGAAUUUCUUGCCAGCCAGACUAAGAUUAAGCUCGUCGAUGAUCUUCCGGAACCUCUCUCAAUCUCGGCGCUGCCGGCCCUUGAUACGGAAUCGCCGUUUGGAAACCCGUUGGUCAAUCUACAUAAUUGCGAGACCAUCACUCUUCCCGCUCCGGUUGAAUCGAAAGAAACGCCCUCGGACACCAAACAAGAUGCAGACAAGAGGGAUGAAGAUGAAGAAGAGGACCCUCUAAACGAAGCAGCCUACUUCCGAGCUCACCGGCGCAAUGAACGGCAGGAGAAACAGCUGCGGAACAUCGAGCGCGAACGCGCGCAGCAUGAGAAACAGCAACUGGAACGUCUGGUGGACGAGCUGCAAGGCCAAGACUGGCUAAGAGUCAUGGGAAUCAGCGGGGCCACGGACCAAGAGAAGAAGCAUUACGAAUUGAAGCGCGACUUUUUCGUCAAGGAGCUCUCGGCGCUGAUCCAGAAGUUCAAGAUCUGGAAGGAAGAGGAGAAGCGACGCAAGGCCGACAAGGAGAAGCUGCGCGUCGAGUCCGCCGAAGACCUCGAUGCCACGCCCCAACAACACCACCAUCUUCAUCAAUCCCUCUCCGCGUCUGCAUCGACAUCCCAGAAACGUCGCUCCACCGACGCAGUGAUCGAGGACUCGGAAGACCCCGGUGAAUCGCCAGCUACCUUGCUCUCCGACGCUCCGAGCUACGGCGAGACUCCAGAUGUCAACGACGUUGACGCCUGGGCAGCUCGCCAACUCCAUCAGGAAGCCCGCUCUGCCACCGCCGGAAAGAAACCAAAAGCAUCAUCUACCGCCGGCGAAGGAGGACGCAGGAAAUCCAAACCCAACAACGCCACCAACAACACCGCCCCAGAACCUGUUGCAAACGCGGCUGCCACACCAACAACAGCCGCAGCGACAGCGCAGCCCCCGCACACCCUACACCCUCCCCCCAUCUUCGUCCCCGACAAGGCAUUCACCUCUUUCUUCUCGAAGCGUCACGUCCGAGAUGCCGCACUCUCUACUCACCGGAAAGGUCGAGUCCGACUGGCUUUCGGACACCCCGUCCCCGAACCAGAGGAAAGAGAGUUCGAACUACCAGCCGACAUACUGACUGCAGAGGCGAUCGAUUCAUGUCGACGCAAACGCAGACGUAUGAAGCGGGCAAGUCGGACGGGGUCUUAG